AUGGAUGAUGCUGAAGGUUAUGAAAUCAAUCGUCAAACACAACUCCAUACGAAGCAGACAUUAUUGGACACUGACGUGUUUAUUGAAAUUCUUUCAAGAACAUCAUUAAAGACAUUUCAUAUCAUACGUCGUACAAGUAAACAUCUUGAAAAACUAACGUACAACAGCCAUGUUCUUGAUCUUUUCAAGGGGAAAAAUAAUGUGCUUCAUGGAGUUAUUGUUCAACAAAAGAAAGUUUGGGGAUCGAUAGAACGUAAGUUUGUUUCGUCUUGUGGUUCGAUUAACUUUGACAUUGGUUGUAUACCAAAUUCAUGUACAAUCUUAGCAACUUCAUUGAACGGACUCAUUCUUGGUGAAUGUGAUUGUUCGGAUGAAUAUCCGGAAAAGUUUUUAUUUAUUUGUAAACCGACGACAUUAGAUUGCAGAACAUUACCAUUUUCGAUAUAUAAGUACAUAGCGGUCAAGUUUGCUAUGGUGGUUAUGCGUUCGAACCCGUUUCAUUUCAAGAUAAUUCGUUUAUCAUAUGCAGAGUCAGAUGACGUGACAAACGAUCGUGACUAUGAAAACUUCCGACAAGAAUUAUUUCAGUCCACUACAUGGGAAUGGAGGGACCUUGGUAAUAUUCGGUUACCAUAUUCUGUUCAUCCGGUAUCGGACGAAACAAUCAUAAGUAAAGGUGUAGUUUACAUCUUAUUGUCAAACUAUCAAAUUUUGCAGUUUGAUGCAUAUUCUGAAGAAUAUGCGUAUCAACAGACAAAGGUUCACUUUAUUUCUCAAGUCAACAUCGAUUUGAUCAACAUGGAGAUGCUUGGUCGUUUUUCUAAAAGCCUUGGGUAUACAACUUUGGGGAACUGGUAUCAUAUGCCAACCGAAGAAAACAGUGGGUUGUCAAUGAUUCCAAUUCUAAAUGAUGAAUGUUUGGGACCCUUCAAGACGAUAGUUAGGGCACACAAAUUCAGAGAGAUUGAACAUCUCUAUGUUGAACACAGGACUGUGUUUGUUCCAAUCAAUUUCCCACACUUUUUGAUGAACUCACCAUCCAAACGUGUUGAGAAGCUUAUUCACAUGUUUGUAACAGAACAUCCAAUGGCAACAGUUGAUGAUGGAAUAGCAUACAUCAAACAUAUGCUAAACAUGACCAUUCCAAGAGAAAAAAUGGAGGAUGCUAUGGACAUGGCCAAAGAGAAUGUCAUAGCAUGGAAAAACAUAGUAUAUAUUGUAAUGGAUAGUCUUGGUAAUACAUCUGUUCAUUCAAGUGACAUUGAUUUUCCGUUAACAACCGAUGUUUCUACCGCUUUACCUUCUGAUACUAUUGAAGACGAACAAGUCACGAGACGACGCCGUGGAGGUCGUCCUAGGGUAAGAGGACGACCUCCAGAUUGUAGCAUUGACGAUAUUACUUCCCCAAGGUGUCGUCGUGGGAGACCAUCUUUUGUUGUGUCUCCUUACUUUGUUGGUGACAAUGCUCAUCGGUAUUCACAACAUGGAAGUAUACAUGUCAAUGAGAAUAUUAUUACUUCAAAUUCGGUACCUAGCAUGGCAUUCUCAUCAGCCUGUACUGUCAACAUCGACGUGACGCGCGCUUCCAAUCGGCCAUCACCUCAUAUGAUAAUUUCUUCAAGUACAACUAUUGGUAUUGACGGGAAUCCAGUUCAUUCGACUAUAAUGAGUAACUUGAAUGCUCCAAGUACAACUAAUAACUCAGUUGUACAUUCGGUGGUACGAACUUAUAGUCUGCAUAAUGGUAGAAGUUCUACUGUUUUACCUUCUAAUACCUUUGAAGCCCCAGCAGUCAGGAGACCAAGUCGGGGAGGUCGUCCUCGGGUCGUAUGUUGUCGUAUUGGGAUUGUGGCGAUGCAACUCGCACAUGUAUACACUGUGAAGCUAUAUUAUGAACUCUUGUCUAUGCUAGAUGAGAAUAACUCAUUGGUUCAAGCAUUUCGUAUGGCUAAAGAUAGGUUCCAUGAGUCAUCAACACAGUCGGUUAAGAUUCGAUUAAUUGGUAACCGAACCAAAGACGGGAGACAGUAUAAUCUACCAACUGUAUCUGAAGUAGCUGCAUUGAUUCCAGGUGAUGGUAGUCCUAUACAGUCUCGUGAUGUACUUAUUGAGGAUCGUGGUGAUGGUACUGUGCGAAGGAUAAGUGAACUGCAUCCAUCUUUUAUGGCGUUGCAGUAUCCGUUACUUUUCCCAUAUGGAGAAGAUGGGUUCCAUUUAAAUAUCCCUUUAUCGAGUAAAACUCUACAUAAAGCCGGUCGCUUGUUUCAUACAUUCAUAGUUGAUGCUUAUGUUGCAGUGCUUGAACAUGAUUUAGAUUGGUAUAAGAGAAACCAAAGUACUAUUCACUCCGAGCUGUAUCAUGGUUUGACUGAUAGUUUAUGUAGAUGCGAAACAAGUGCUUCAUAUGUGGGUCGUCGAGUUAUACUACCAUCAUCAUUCAAUGGUGGACUGAGGCAUAAGAUACAACAAUAUCAGAAUGCAAUGGCCAUAUGUCGUUGGGCUGGAACUCCGGAUUUAUUUGUUACGAUGACGUGCAACCCUAAAUGA